AUGGACAAAUACCCUCUCCUGGAACUCCUCACGCUGCUCUGCUGCUUUAGGGUUCGGAGAUUUAUUCAAUGUAGGAUGUGUCACCUCCAGUUCCCAGGAGAAAAGUGCUCCAGAGGAAGGGGCUUAUGUACUGCAACCACAGAGGAGGCCUGCACAGUUGCCAGGAUGUUCGAUAAGAAUGGAGCUCUCUGGUUAACCUUCAUGGGCUGCCUAAAGAACUGUGCUGAUGUGAAAAACAUAAAAUGGAGUGUCUAUUCGGUGAACUUCAGGUGUUGCAGGAGCUACGACUUGUGCAAUGAAAACCUGUAG